AUGGAGGCAAACCCAGCGGGCAGCGGCGCCGGGGGCGGCGGGAGCAGCGGCCUAGGGGGCGAGGAUGGGGUCCACUUCCAGAGUUAUCCCUUCGACUUCCUGGAAUUCCUCAACCACCAGCGUUUCGAACCCAUGGAGCUGUACGGGGAGCACGCCAAGGCUGUGGCUGCCCUGCCCUGCGCCCCGGGGCCCCCGCCCCAGCCCCCGCCCCAGCCCCCACCCCCCCAGUACGACUACCCUCCCCAGUCGACCUUCAAGCCUAAGGCGGAGACACCUUCCUCCUCCUCCUCCUCAUCUUCUUCCUCCACGUCCUCUGCCUCCUCUUCCCAAGCCAAGAAGCCGGACCCGCCCCUGCCCCCCACCUUCGGGGCCCCUCCGCCUCCUCUCUUCGAUGCAGCCUUCCCUGCCCCGCAGUGGGGGAUCGUCGACCUCUCGGGACAUCAGCACCUUUUUGGGAAUCUGAAGCGAGGGGGGCCGGCUUCCGGGCCAGGGGUGACACCGGGGCUGGGCGCACCUACCGGUGCCCCAGCGCCACUGCCUGCCCCCGCGCAGACCCCGCCGGGACCCACUGCCGGGGUGGCUUGUGACCCCGCCAAGGACGACAAGGGCUAUUUCCGGAGGCUCAAGUACCUAAUGGAGCGGCGCUUCCCCUGCGGUGUGUGCCAGAAGUCCUUCAAGCAGUCUUCGCACCUGGUGCAGCACAUGCUAGUGCACUCCGGGGAAAGGCCCUAUGAGUGCGGCAUCUGCGGCCGCACCUACAACCACGUCUCCAGCCUCAUCCGCCACCGCCGCUGCCACAAGGACCUGCCGCCAGCCGCCGGCGGCCCACCCCAGCCUGGUGCGCCCCUCCCACCUCUGGGCCUCCCCACGCCCACAGCCAAUACCACCGUCACCACUGCUGCCACCACCGUUUCCUCUGGCGUACCAGCCACGCCCGGGGCCCCCACUCCCUCCACGGAUGGAACCUCAGCCACCGCGGCCGCCACCAGUGUGGGGGUGCCCCCUCCGGCCACAGGGAGUGGGGAGGGCCCCUUCGCCUGCCCUCUCUGCUGGAAGGUCUUUAAGAAGCCCAGUCACCUGCACCAGCACCAGAUUAUCCACACGGGCGAAAAGCCUUUCUCCUGUUCCGUGUGCAGCAAGAGCUUCAACCGCAGGGAGAGCCUCAAGCGGCACGUGAAGACGCACUCCGCCGACCUGCUGCGCCUGCCCUGCGGCAUCUGCGGCAAGGCCUUCCGUGACGCCUCCUACCUCCUAAAGCACCAGGCGGCCCAUGCUGGGGGCGCGGGGCCGCGGCCCAUGUACCCCUGCGACCUGUGCGGUAAAUCAUACUCGGCGCCGCAAAGCCUGCUUCGGCACAAGGCCGCCCACGCCCCGCCGGCCCCUGACGCCACCAACGCCCCCAAGGACGCGCCGGCCUCGGGCCCGCAGCCCGCGCCGCCUUUUCCCCCCGGCCCCUACCUGCUGCCCCCAGACCCGCCGGCCACCGACAGCGAGAAGGCGGCGGCGGCAGCGGCAGCUGUGGUGUAUGGCGCCGUGCCCAUGCCGCUUCUGGGGGCGCACCCGCUGUUGCUCGGAGGCGCAGGCCCCAGCGCCGCUGGGGGCUCUGGGGCAAGCGCGCCCGGCAAAACGUUCUGCUGCGGCAUCUGCGGGCGUGGCUUCGGGCGCCGCGAGACCCUGAAGCGCCACGAGCGCAUCCACACAGGCGAGAAGCCGCACCAGUGUCCUGUGUGCGGCAAGCGCUUCCGCGAGUCCUUCCACCUGAGCAAGCACCACGUGGUGCACACGCGCGAGCGGCCCUACAAGUGCGAGCUCUGCGGCAAGGUCUUCGGCUACCCACAGAGCCUCACGCGCCACCGCCAGGUGCACCGCCUGCAGCUGCCUUGCGCCCUGGCUGGCGCCGCGGGGCUCCCAGGCACCCAGGGCGCAGCGGGGGCCUGCGGGCCUGGGGCUGCUGGCAGCGGCGGGGCUCAGGCCGACGCGCUCAGCUACGCCUGUUCCGACUGCGGCGAGCACUUCCCGGAUCUCUUCCACGUCAUGAGCCACAAGGAGGCGCAUAUGGCCGAGAAGCCGUAUGGCUGCGACGCCUGCGGCAAGACCUUCGGCUUCAUCGAGAACCUCAUGUGGCACAAGCUGGUGCACCAGGCGGCACCCGAACGCCUGCUGCCGCCCGCGCCUGGUGGCACCCAGCCUCCUGACGGCGGUGGCGGCGGAGCCGAUGCGGCCAGUGCUCUGGACAACGGGCUGGCGGGCGAGGUGGGCGCGGCUGUGGCGGCUCUAGCGGGCGUGGCGGGCAGCGAGGACGCGGGAGGCACAGGGACGGCCGGGGGUGGCGGCGGAGGCGCGGGCCCGGAGCGUUUCAGCUGCGCCACGUGCGGCCAGAGCUUCAAGCACUUCCUGGGCCUGGUGACGCACAAGUACGUACACCUGGUGCGCAGGACGCUGGGCUGCGGGCUGUGCGGCCAGAGUUUCGCCGGUGCCUACGACUUGCUCCUGCACCGCCGCAGCCACCGGCAGAAGCGUGGCUUCCGCUGCCCCGUGUGCGGCAAGCGCUUCUGGGAGGCAGCCCUGCUCAUGCGCCACCAGCGCUGCCACACGGAGCAGCGGCCCUACCGCUGCGGUGUGUGCGGCCGCGGCUUCCUGCGCUCCUGGUACCUGCGGCAGCACCGCGUGGUGCACACGGGCGAGCGCGCCUUCAAGUGUGGCGUGUGCGCCAAGCGCUUCGCGCAGUCCUCUAGCCUGGCGGAACACCGGCGGCUACACGCGGUAGCGCGACCCCAGCGCUGCGGCGCCUGCGGCAAGACCUUCCGCUACCGCUCCAAUCUGCUGGAGCACCAGCGGCUGCACCUGGGCGAGCGCGCCUACCGCUGCGAGCAUUGCGGCAAGGGCUUCUUCUACCUGAGCUCCGUGCUGCGGCACCAGCGCGCCCACGAGCCGCCGCGACCCGAGCUGCGCUGCCCUGCCUGCCUCAAGGCCUUCAAGGAUCCCGGUUACUUCCGCAAACAUUUGGCGGCCCACCAGGGCGGCCGGCCCUUCCGCUGCUCCUCCUGUGGCGAGGGCUUCGCCAACACCUACGGUCUCAAGAAGCACCGCCUAGCUCACAAGGCUGAGGGCCUCGGGGGGCCUGGAGCGGGGGCUGGCGCCCUGGCAGGGAAAGAAGCUUGA